AUGGGCACGCCAUGGUGGAAACUUAUGCAGGAAAUUCCAUCAACGUAUCAUCUUUGCCUCAAAUUCUCAACCCCUCGCGGAAUCGAAACAAUAUGGGGAAACCCGAGGGUGGCACAAGUUUGCUUUGCCGCAGAAUUAAAACGAAAACAAUCGGAUUCCGAGACCACUCCUAGGAAAAAGUUGGCCUCCGACAAAAAAGCCCAAGAACAAAAUUCUGCGGAAAUCUUCUGGCAAUUGCGGAAAUCUGAGAUCCUAGAAGAAAAGCGCGAGCCGACCUGCGAACCCAUGGUAUCAGUAUGUCUUGACGAAGCAUUCCCCGAACGAUGCAUCGAGAUCGGAGCCAAGCUCCAUGAACCUUUAAGGACUAAGCUCAUAACUUGUUUAAAAAAGAAUCUCCACGCGUUCGCCUGGGCUGCGGAAGACAUGCCAGGGAUUGACAUCAACAUAACCUGCCACGAGCUGAAUAUCGAUCCAACCUUCAAACCAGUCAAACAGAAAAGACAAAAGUUGGGACCUGAGCGCGCUACUGCGGUCAACGACGAAGUCGAAAAACUGCUUAAAGUCGGAUCAAUAACAAAAGUAUGGUACCCAGACUGGCUCGCCAACCCUGUAGUGGUCAAGAAGAAAAACGGAAAGUGGCGACUCUGUGUUGACUUUAAUGACCUUAACAAAGCCUGUCCAAAGGAUAGCUUCCCCUUACCACACAUCGAUCGAUUGGUCGAAGCAACAGCGGGAUACGAAAUCUUACCCUUCGUGGAUGCCUUUACGGGUUACAAUCAAAUUAUGAUGAACCCUGACGAUCGCGAAAAAAACUGCAUUUAUUACAGAUCGCGGAACUUAUUGCUACAAGGUGAUGCCCUUCGGCCUCAAAAACGCCGGCGCAACUUAUCAACGACUCGUAAACCGGAUAUUCUCCGAAAAACUUGGUAA